AUGGCGAAACACGAAGAGCUUCCGCUGGCAGUUUUCGAAACUCUGGAGCCUGUAUACGGCGGAGGUUCUCACCUAGAAGAAGCUCGGCUUCGUUUCGAUAAUUUGAAGUCUAAAUUUCUCAAAAUCUUCGGUCAUCAUCCUCAACUGUUCGCUCGUUCACCUGGGAGAGUGAACUUGAUCGGAGAACACAUAGACUAUGAGGGGUAUUCGGUGUUGCCUAUGGCAAUUCGGCAAGAUACUAUCGUGGCCAUUCGGAAAAACGAAAGCCAAAAUGUUCUUAGAUUUGCUAACGUCAAUGACCAAGUAUAUGCCACGUGUACUUACCCUGCUGAUCCUAACCAGGCGCUUGACUUGAAGAACCACAAAUGGGGCCACUAUUUUAUUUGUGGGUACAAAGGGUAUUAUGAUUACGCUAAAUCGAAAGGAGUGGAUGUUGGUCAACCGGUAGGUCUUGAUGUCCUUGUUGAUGGAACAGUUCCCACAGGUUCUGGACUAUCAAGCUCUGCGGCAUUUGUUUGUUCUUCCACAAUUGCCAUUAUGGCUGCUUUUGGUGUAAACUUUCCGAAGAAAGAAGUUGCACAAGUUACAUGUGAAUGUGAACGGCAUAUUGGUACACAGUCUGGUGGGAUGGAUCGAGCAAUCUCUGUCAUGGGCAAAACUGGGUUUGCAGAGCUGAUUGAUUUUAAUCCAAUCCGUGCAACGGAUGUGGAACUUCCUGCUGGUGGGACUUUUGUGAUAGCCCAUUCUUUGGCAGAGUCUCAGAAGGCUGUUACUGCUGCUACAAAUUAUAAUAAUAGGGUUCUUGAAUGCAAUUUGGCUUCUAUUGUGCUUGGUAUAAAGCUUGGAAUGAAACCACAAGAGGCAAUAUCAAAAGUAAAAACACUAUCUGACGUUGAAGGCUUAUGUGUAUCAUUUGCUAGUAGUCGUAACUCUUCUGAUCCUAUUCUUGCUGUCAAGGAAUUUUUGAAGGAAGAACCUUAUACAGCUGAUGAAAUCGAGAAAAUUAUUGGGGAUAAGUUGACCUCAUCAUUUAGCAGUAAUCCUGCAUAUUUGGAUGUCAUAAAAGUUGCUAAGCAAUACAAGUUACAUCAGAGAGCUGCACAUGUGUAUUCAGAAGCCAAAAGGGUACAUGCUUUCAAGGAUAUUGUAUCAUCAGAAUUAAGUGAGGAGGAGAAACUAAAGAAGCUUGGUGACCUUAUGAAUCAGUCUCAUCAUAGCUGCAGUGUUUUAUAUGAAUGCAGCUGUUCAGAAUUGGAAGAACUCGUAAAAAUUUGUCGGGACAAUGGUGCUCUCGGGGCAAGGCUUACUGGAGCUGGAUGGGGUGGUUGUGUUGUUGCUUUGGUGAAAGAGGGCAGUGUUCCGCAAUUUAUCCUUAAUUUGAAGGAAGGUUUCUACCAGACUAGAAUAAAAAAGGGCGUGAUCAAGGAGAACAAUGUUGACCUUCAUGUAUUUGCUUCAAAGCCAUCGAGUGGUGCUGCCAUUUUCAAGUUUUAG